UUAGAUUUAGACCAGGGACGACGCCCCAACGGAAGCCACACAACUUGUUGGCAUCUGGUGCGGAAUAAGCAAGUCUCAGUUGCAGCUGAAAGCGCAUCGCGGCCGGAGACGGAGACGGAGCCAUGGCCAUGGACGACUACGACGAUGACGUGAGCAGUGUGGGCGUGACCACGGCACGUAUUGAGAACCAACACCAGCAGCUGUAUCACCAACAGGGCCAGCACGGACACCACCAGCAAGGCCAGCACCAGGGCCAGGGUCAGUACAGCGCCGGAGCGGUUAAGGUGGGCGGCUGGCGGUACGAGGAUGCUAGUCGAUACAUUGGCGAGUGGAAUCAGCGCGGCCAGAAGCACGGCAUAGGGCAUCUCCAGUUCGCCGACGGCACCCGCUACGACGGCCAGUUCCAGGAGGGACUCAGCCAGGGAGUGGGCUGCCUCUGGUUUCCAGAUGGGGCAAAAUACGAAGGCGAGUUCCAUCAGGGAUGGUUCCAUGGCAAUGGGAUAUUUUGGCGCGCCGAUGGCAUGAAGUACGAGGGAGAAUUUCGUGGCGGUAAGAUCUGGGGCCUGGGACUGUUGACGUUCCAGGACUUUACCCACGGCUUCCCGAGGAACGAGGGCUUCUUCCAGGAUUGCCGCUUCAUGAGGCGGCGGCGCUGUCCAGAGGUGGUCCAGCGCGCCCAGAAGUGUGCCCUUAUGGCCCGCUCCCAGUGCGAGCAUCCGUACUAGAAACAAGAAUAAAGAAAUAAAUGUCCUGACCACCAAAAGGGAAA